CACAACAACAUUUAUUUGUUCUUUUACAAAGUGUUAUGUUACCCAAGGUAUUGUUCAGAUGUCAUGUUAUUAUGCAAUUACUGUGGAGAUGAAAUAUCUCCAGACUCACACGUGACUGUGUAUGUCAGAGACGAUGACAUCAGAUAUGUGACACAUAGAGAAACAAUUCCAACAGGCUUUGAAUGUGUGGAUGUUGGCAUCAAAGGGGAGAGAGUCACGUAUCUCAGACAUGGAAGCAAGUUACCAUCAGGUUUUACAUAUGUCUUUGUGUUCGCGAAGGACCAGGACAUAAUAUACAGAAAAGAAGGGGACGACACACUAACAGGAUUUGAAUGUGUUCGUGCUAACGUCAAAAUUGAUUGUAUACUGUAUGCAAGAGACGGUAACACUUCUACAUCGUUCACCAAGGAUUUAAGAGCUAAAGAAAUAUUGCACAAGGAUUGUCUGAUUGAACAUAUUCCACGGUCUGAUGAAGCAGUUUCUAAUUUCCUCCAGUGUUCUUCCACUGAAAUCAUCUUGACUAUUGGGAUUCAUGUUAAGUACCUGUAUGGUGUAGGGCAAAAGGACGAUAACAAAAAGAAGAAAAGGGAGAAAAGAGAUCGUAAACUCCACCAGCUGUUGGAAAAGGUAUCUGCCUUGCGCAACUCCAACUCUGGUUGUAUAUUAAUUCAUCUUGUUGGCCUGGCACCUGGGGAUCAUUUUACUGGCGCAUUCGAUGAGUUUGUGGAUGCAAAGCUUCACGACUUGAUUCAUGAUGGUCAAUUAUUUACUGAUGUUUACCGGAAGGAAAAGCUGAGUGGCCACAGGGUGCUUUGUGAUUUCGGUGACUUCCUAGCUCUUUAUGUCAGUGCUUCUUCCUCCGUCACAACAUCUGACUUUAAAACCAAGAUUGCACUUGAUGACUGCAUUGUUGACAUUCCUGCGGAUACACUACGAACAUUUAUCAGAGAAAAAGGAAACGUCAAAGGCACUUCCCUCACUCUACCUAAGGAAAUACAUACUGCAAAUGAUGUUGUAGGUGCAUAUGAAAGCAGGUCAAUUCAAAUGAAAAGUCACUUUCUCCAAAAGAAAGGGGAUCAUGAAAUAGUUGCUUAUAUUAUUAAGAAUCUUAACAUUACUGAGUACAUAAGUGCAUUGAGCAAACUUGAAAAUGGUGGUUCGUACCUCUAUGGUGUCAAAGAGGAAUGUGUUUUUAAAAGUGAAUAUGGAUACGAGUCAAAAGAAAUCCGUCUCCAGCCUUUUAGUGUUGAUGAGCAAGACUGUUUGAAGGAGACAUUGAAGCAGAAGAUUUGCGACACUGUUCUUGUGUGUGACUUUGAUGGAAAGAAAGUGACUGACGCACAUUCAGUAGACAUACGUUUUAUCCCCUGUCCGUCAAAUGUUACAGAGCUGUGUUGCAGUGGUGAACUUAGAAAUCACAAGUCCGAAACAAAGGAACAGUACAUUAUUCAUAUUUUAGUAAAACACGUGAAUGGUGUAGUGUUUUACGAUCCACGGGGACCAUUGGCUUACAAAUAUGAUCCAACAAAAAAGUCAGUCAUCCGGAUGGAAACCCUUGAAUGGUUCCAUGCUUUCACACGAGGGAAAUAGACGGAGCUGACACACUAGACAAGAAAGGAGGGCCAAUACGUAUCCUCGUCAAAAUGUUGAAGCUACUGAAACAAAUUGCAAAAGAUGAGGAGCACGGCUUUGCCUUGGCAACAAACGAUUUCUUCCGACCUGACCUGAAGCAAAUUGGAAACAGCAUCUUCGAGAUCCGGAGAUACUUCGUUCCUAAAGAAGGUCGAAACAUAAAACCCUUGGAACUUGAAACCACGUUGACAAACGUGAAAGACUGCCUCUUAGAACUUGUAGAAAACCAUGUGUUUGUCUUAGGUUUGGAUCACAGAACUGAUGAAGAAGUAGAGAAUACAAACUUUCCAAAGACUAAGCCAUAUUUCAUGUUCUUAUCAGACACUUUAUCAGUUGCUCUGGAUUUUACCACAUCACCUCGUCCAAGUAAUGCCGUGUGUGAUGUGUUCAUAGCCUUUCCCACUAAGCAAACUAUGGUCCUGUCACUCGUUGAUGGUGAUGAAGAGUCAAGGGAAGCGUUGGCAUACAAUACGUCUGUGGCGAGAGGAGUGAGACAUAAACUCAUGAGAUUCAUGGAUGAAGAUGUGAACUCAAUACAUGGAGUGAUCAAUACGUCGACUCUCAAGGAUAGUGUCGCAUUCAAAACUCGCCUGAAGGUUUUGGCUGACGAUUCUUCUCAUUUUGUUCCUAUGCGUUCAUUGUUAAUGAAUCCUAGGAGAUAUGAUAGAGUCCUGACAGCGUUUUGGGCGGGUGUUGCUGAGACAAAGUCGGUGCUUAAAGAUAAUGGUGACGCAAAUGAUGACUGUAUAAGAUUUCUCACCAAAGAACAAUGUAUCAUUCUGGUGGAGAACAUUAACAGUAAGGAUGUCCAGGUCCGGUGUGUGCCAGGUAGCGGGGCAACGACUCUGAUGCUGGAGGUGGCCAGGAGACUGAGCAGGCUGGGGGACACUCUGCUGGUGUGUAGGUCACGGGAAGAGAGGGACAGACUCAGGUCAGCCUAUGCAUCAGUGGUAUCAGUGAACGACCUCAGAAAACUGGAUCUGUCCUCAUACGUGAACAUUGUUGAUGAAACAAACAGUGUGACACCGGAAACAAGACGUCACCAUUGGCAAUUUGGAAACUAUCUAACUGAUAUCAAGCAGCUUAAGUACAGAAAGUGGAUGGUAGAGAAGGAGACUGCCAGAAUCGAGAAACUAAUGGAUGUAUUUACCAACGAUCAAUGGAGACGAAGGAUGAAAUAUCUCCUUGGAGAGUUUGACGUGCUGGUGUUGAUGAUGGAGAAGCUUAGACCACAUGUGGCUUUUCAGUUUCACCAAAAUAAGGACAGUUUGGACAACAAGCCACGUCAACAGACUAGGGACAGUACUUCAACUGGUGCAGGAUGUUAUGGUAAAGGACAGAACCAAUCUCAUCUAUCAAGGCGUUAAACUGGCUUACCUUGAGAAAGAUCCUGAGACGAUCUAUGUGACACGGGAGAGUAAACGAAAUGUGUCUUCUUCAACGGAGCCCCUGGAGGAUAUCCACACUGAAGACAAGCUGGAACUCCAGGACACAGAUGUUGGCGAGGCACUGGAAGUCCAGGA